AUGAAAGACGAUUUCGGGCGGCUAAAUCGGCUAACCCACUCGCGGGAGCCAAAUACCUCUGACCUCCGUAAGAAGUGCACCGCCAUUGCGACCGCAGGAAACACCACCACCACCAACAAGAGGUCCUUGAGAGAUCAACCCGGUGGCACAAUGAGAUAUCGUGGAGUUCGCAGGAGGCCGUGGGGCCGUUAUGCAGCCGAGAUUAGAGACCCCAAGUCCAAGGAGCGCCGCUGGCUCGGUACGUUCGACACCGCUGAAGAAGCCGCCUGCGCCUACGACCUCGCCGCUCGAGACCUGCGAGGACUCAAGGCUCGGACCAACUUCUUUUACCCGCCUCCGCCGCCUCCGUCUGCAACCGAUACGUUCCUCGCUCCAUUUAACUUCACCAGACAAUCUCGGCUGCCUGUUAAGAUCCCAGAAAACCGUCAUCAGUUUGGUGCCGCUUCAGGUUGGUCAGCUUUCUCUAACCCUCGUGAUGGUGAUCACUUUCCUCGGUCUGCAGCACAGAGUAAUAGUUCUCUGAACAUGUUGCUCCUUCGUGAUUUACUUAGUUCUUCUUUGAACCCAUCCUUGGUCUCACCCCCUCAGCCUCAGGGUCUUGAUCAUGAACAGCUUCCGUACAUCAAUGGCUCUUCUUCUUCUGCUAGUGCCUUCUCCGACUGUUCUUUGUUGAAUCAGUCUAGUAAUCCAAAUAUCUCUCAAACUUUCGUAAGUUCUUCCAUGUGUCUUCCACCCAUUGACAACAACAUGAUCAGUCAUAACAGUACUGUGGUUUCCAAUAGAACAACCGCUCAACAAAUUCAUGACUUUGAGUUCAUUUCCGAAGAGUCCUCAGACUCAGGUCUAUUGGAAGAGAUUAUUCAUGAGUUUUUCCCAAAACCAUCAACCAAGAAGUGUGAAUCUCCAAAAACCCAGACUUGCACCUUUGAUUCUCUUCCGCCGCAGAUUUCUGACAUGUCUAUUCCUCAAUCAUUGGAUGAGAUGAAAAGGGGGAUAAACAACGAGCAUCUUGGCUUCUCUUUUGACUACCAGGGGGUUCCACAUCAGCUUGAGAAUCUAGGCGGGGUCAGAAGCGAGCUUUUUGGCAUGACUCAAGCGGUGGAGGUGCCUUUCAGUUACGAGAUGCCGGCGGUGAACCUUCACCAGGUUGGUGGGCCGGAAUCUAUGUUAAUGGAUGACUUCUUCCAGUACCCUGAACUGUUGAGUGCAUUUGCAGCUAGGGUGUAG